AUGGUCACAUCUGGCAUAGUGGUUGGACACAUUGUUUCUCACAAAGGAAUUGAAGUGGGUAAGUCAAAAAUUGAUUUAAUUGCUAAUUUUUCUAUUCCUAAAACUGCUAAAGAUGUUAGAUCUUUUUUGGGACAUGCAAGUUUCUACCAGAGAUUCAUACCAAAUUUUAGUGCAAUUGCAAGGCCAUUGAAUAAUCUCUUGGAGAAAGAUGCUAAAUUUGAUUGGACUUACGCAUGUCAAGAAGCAUUUGAGAAGUCAAUUAAAAUGCUAACAUCAACUCCUAUAAUGCAGAACCUAGAUUGGUCCAUGCCCUUUGAAAUAAUGUGUGAUGCUAGUGAUGGUGCUAUUGGAGCAGUGCUAGGCCAAAGAAAAGACAAGAAGCCUAUUGUUAUCUCCUACGCAAGCAGAACUUUGAAUAGUGCACAGGAAAAUUACACUACAACUAAAAAAGAAUUGCUUAAUGUGAUCAUUCGGCCUUGA